GAGCAUGUUUUGAGCGAGGAGCCAGUAGGUGUACUCGGGCAGAAUGGGCGCGGAAAGCCGCUGUGCUGGAGUAAGAAGUGAGGUACGAGGAGAGGGACGUGGGUAUGAUGUGGCCGAGGGGCUCUCCUUUGUCUGAUUCUUUUCCUAAGAGAAACGAGGUGCCUGCCCCUUGUUGGAGGGCGAGGAAGCCUCGAGGAACCGAGUGCCUGUGGGGUAUUCCAGCUAGGCAAGGGGAGGUUGGGCCGCCUGGUGGUAGUCUCAGGAGUGAAGGGUGAUGGGGUGCUCUGCUCUGGGCAGGGAGUUCCUGGGUUUGGUCAAAUGUGCGGGCAGCCUGGAUGGUGACCACUGACGUGGAGGGAGAGUGCUGAGCGUGGCAUGUGGCAAUGCACUGGUCGCGGUGGGUCUGCCUGGCGCGGUGCAUGGGAGGGCCGAGUGCUGCUGGGACAGUGUAGGAGCUGGCGUCGUGGCUGUACUGCAGGCACGGGAGACAGGAUCAGAAAUGCAGGCUGAGCAUAAACAAUGGAUGCGAGGCUUUCUGGAGCGCUGGGCUCCUGAGAAGACUUUCCUACUUCGAGUCCUGUCCCUCUUCUCCACUCCCCGCUCCAGGGAAGGCACCCCACGUGUUUGGGCAGCCUCCCUAGUUCAUCCUCACAUGUUCAGGAAGUGACUGGGGUAUGAGAGAGUUGCGCUGAGAGGGAUCUAGAGUGUUCGUGUGCAUGUGGGUGUGGGGGCGCUGCCGUGUUUGUGUGCCUGUGCAGAAUUAGGUUGUGGUGGAGCGUUUGUAUGUGUGUGAGCGGGCGAGCGAGCAAGGGAGGGAGGAGGAGGAGGAGGAGGGGGAGGCUCUGCCGAGGAAGAGGAUUCUGGGGAGGGGGGUUUAGCGCCGGGUCAUGUUUGUGUUGGAGGUUGUCAAGUGGAGGAGGAUCCCAGACGCCGCCGCCGCGCAGGGGUCGCCGUGUUUCCCAGCUGCCGCCGCCGCGACUGCUGCGCCUUCUCGCCAGCGCCGCCGCCAUCAGCAAGAGAAGCAGCAGCUCUGGCUGCCUACCGAGCAGUAUGUGGAUUCACUGACCCCCUUGGCAUGUUUAUGGAGCUGAUUUUAGUCUGUUCUCCAUUUCUGAGAGACUGUCUAUGACUGGAUGAGAAUGCCUCGAACAAAACAAAUAAAUCCUAGAAAUUUGAGAGUGCGCACUGGAUGAUACAGAUUGAGAAGCAGAUGAAACCCGGACAGUAGCUGAGCUUGUGGCAGUACAAAUGGUGAUGUUUGGAACUACAGAUAUAAUGGUGCAUGGCAACACUGGUUCAACCCACGGGUUUUCAACAACUGGUGGGGAAUGCGUGUUCCCAGAUAAUAUGCUGCAUCCAAGACAAAAUUGAAGAAGCACAAAAAGAACUUAAUGAAACUGAAGACCCACAGAAAGACAUCUCCGAGGCAGCUACAAGAGGGAGUACAGACACAGUUAAAGGUGUGAAGCGCAAAAAGAUAGUAACAGAGAAUCACCAGACAAAAAUACCCAAAUCACCCCUGAGAACUCCAGCUCGGGCAAAACCUAAAGAAAAAGUGAAAGACACUUCUUCAUCGUCAAAUAUUCUCCCUGAUACUUCAGAGCUCCUAAAAGAAGUACACAGUUUGCUUACACAGAAUGGGAAGCAAAACAAGCAAAACGAGGGGACCCCUAGCAGUGAGGUAGCCAUUAAAACAUCCCUACCUGAGACUUCUGUGCCCACCAAGUUGUCUCUGUUACCUCAGUCGUUGGACUUGAAUAAAUGGCCAGUAGAAGACUAUGGUUCAGCCCAACUAAAUUUACCAGUGAAGAAAGGUUCCACUAAUCCUUCAAGUACAGCCGAGGUUAACAGUAAUGAAUGUAUUAAUUUCGUCAAUUGUAGUAAUUCAUCCUCAUGUACAAAUACUGCAUUUGAUGUCUUACUGAAAGCUAUGGAACCCGAGCUGAACACCUUAGCACAAGAGUGCCCUUCUAGUGGGAUGCAAAUGGAAAAACUGAGACCAAAUAAAACUAUAAGCGCCUCUUAUUGUCUUGCAUCCAAUACACCAACUGUCCAAAGUCAUGCUGCUUUGUUGCAGCAAGAAUUUGUAGCUGGAUCUCAACUUUAUCCUAGCACUUCACAGACUGUGCAUGUAGCAACAUCAGGGACGAGUGAACAAGCACAAAUGCACUCAGUUGUUCACUCACAAGAUCAAGUUCUUACUAAAGCCGGGCAACAAAGCCAACAAAUUGCUGCAUGCCCUAGCUUCACAAAUUCACUGGUACAGCAACAGAAUCAAGAAAAACUCAAACUCCAGCAUGUAUACAGCAUAGCAGUAACCUCUUCAAUAAUUAGUCCCCAGUCUCCUGUUACUCAGGCUUUUUCUCAAAAUCAACUAGUAGCAAAAUCAUCUUCUCCUUUGUUGGUUCAUCCGUCUAGCUCCACCCCCCAGUUACCAAUUGCUCCUUUGUACAGUUCUGCCCAAAUAGCAUCAGUUGUCAGUCAUGGUGUAGAACAAAUAUGUCAUCUUCUGAAAGUCCAGAAGCCUAAAAAACUGGGGAAAUACGUCUGUCAGUAUUGUAGCAGGGCUUGUGCCAAGCCCAGUGUUCUCCAAAAGCACAUCCGCUCCCACACAGGAGAACGACCAUAUCCUUGUGAGACAUGUGGAUUUUCAUUUAAGACCAAAAGUAAUCUGUACAAGCACAAAAAGUCUCACGCCCAUGCUAUCAAACUUGGACUUGUUCUCCAGCCAGAUUCUAGUGGGCUAUAUCUCUCCCAUGAAUCAGACAAAACACUUAGCAUCCAUUCAGAUGUGGAAGAAAGUGGUGACAGUGAUGAUGAAGGCACGGCUGAUGAAAGGCAAGAUGACCAAGGGUCGUUAGAACUGGAAGCUGCACACACAGUGAAAAUCCCUUCUAAUUCUGAACCAUCGCACAAAGAUAGUCCCAUCUCGCUAAGCAACCCAGAAUACAUGUUGGGCGACUCCUUGUUUCAGGACUCAGCUGCACCAGCAAGGACAGCUUUACCUAAAGUGAUAGUUUACCCUGUAAAUGUUUCCCCUUUAAGGUCCAGUAGCCCCAAAGUAGAAGACUCAACUGCAGUACAGCAAGGAGACUUGAAAGUCACAAAUGUGAAGCCAAAUUUAGCACACAUAGACUUCAUAAAGGAGUCCGAUGCUAAGCAGCAUCCAAAAUCAGAAGCAAGCACCUCUGAAGAACAGCUUGGGACGCUUACCGGCACAGUAAUACAUGCACAGCUGCAAAGACAGCAGGCAACAGAUUGCUCUCAGGAUCAACAAGGAAAAUGUCUUUUGAGCCCUAGAAGUUUGGGAAGUACUGAUUCAGGCUACUUUUCACGUUCAGAAAGUACAGAUCAGACCAUGAGCCCUCCGGUGCCAUUUACGAAGGGAUUGCCUGCUUCUGAGAAAGACUCGAGUAAAAGUUGUGUGCCACGAAUGAGCACCCCUGUGGCAUCUGUUGUGCAGACUGUUAGUGCUGACAAGACCUUGCUUUCAUCGGGCCAGAUGAGACCACCUUUGGCUACAAAGACACUUGAAGAACGCAUUUCAAAGUUAAUAUCAGAUAAUGAGGCUGUAGUGGAUGAUAAACAGUUGGAUAGUGUCAAGCCACGGAGAACAUCCCUUUCAAGAAGAGGCAGCAUUGACUCUCCAAAGUCCUAUAUUUUUAAAGAUUCCUUCCAAUUUGACCUAAAACCAAUGGGCAGAAGAACUAGCUCAAGCUCUGAUAUACCAAAAUCUCCUUUUACACCGACUGAAAAGUCAAAGCCGGUGUUUCUCCUGUCUGUACCAACCCUAGACUGUUUACCUAUAACCAGAAGUAAUUCUAUGCCUACUACCAGUUACUCAGCUGUAGCUCCAAAUGUAGUACCUCCCCCCCACCCUCUACGUGGAAGUCAGUCUUUUGAUGAAAAGAUUGGCUCCUCAUAUGAUGAUGUCUUUGUGCCAGGACCUACUACACUACAGCUGCAAGGUGGACACCCUCGCACCCUUGUUCGGCAAACAGCAAUAGAAGAUUCAUCUGCCAGUGAGGGACACACUUUUGGACCAACAAGAUCUGUAGAUGAAAGCUAUGGAGGCAAUACAUCAAAUGAAUUCUUAAUGACUAGAAGCAAGUCGUUUGUACAAGGAUCAAAUUUGGAUAAAAUUAAAAAGCCACCUCAAGGGAGAGGGACAAUGUUUGAAUGCGAGACAUGUAGAAACAGAUACAGAAAACUGGAAAACUUUGAGAAUCAUAAAAAGUUUUAUUGUUCAGAGUUGCAUGGACCAAAAACCAAGGCAGCUAUUCGAGACUCUGAACAUAAGACAGUCGUGAACAGUGCACAACCUCAAAUCCUUCACUAUCGUGUUGCCACUUCAACUGGUGUGUGGGAGCAGACAUCUCAGAUAAGAAAAAGGAGGAAAAUGAAGAGUGUUGGCGAUGAUGAUGAUGAACCACAAACAACUGAUGCUAGUUUGUCAAAGAGUGUAGCAGAGUCAGAGUGUCAAAAUAAACUUGGAAGUAUGGCCAGUGUCGCUAAACAUUCUGCUGCUGUUCUCGGCUCAAGCAGUAUUUCGCUCCAGCAACUGGCACAAGAUGACCUGGAAACUCGUGGUGGCCUGGAGCAGACCAUGGAAUCAAAGAUGUUGCUGCAUGGGGAGAAGCAGGCUGUUACAGCUACACAAGAAAAAAAUGAACUGAAAAGGCAAGGGGCUGGGAUUUCAGUCAUACAGCACACUAACUCCUUAAGCAGGCCAAGUUCAUUUGAAAAAUCAGAUUCCUUUGAAAGUGUGUCCCCGGUUUCCUUUCAGGAUGCUAACAAGGUUGCAAAGCUCCAUUGCUUGAAUACUAUUAUAGCUCAAGAGGAGAAGCAUCCCAUUUUGAGUGCUUCCCAUGCUCCUCAAGUAGUAGAAGCAUCAAGAGUUCAACUUCAUGAAUGUCAAGUUACUCCUAAUGAAAGGAAUGUCACAGUGCAACCUCUAAGACUUGUUCGCCAACAUAACAUCCAGGUUCCUGAAAUACUAGUCACAGAAGAGCCGGAUCGGGACCAGGAAUGCCAGUGCAGCGAUCAGGAGAAGACAGAAAAGUUUAACUGGCCUCAGCGUAGUGAAACUCUAUCAAAGCUGCCCACAGAAAAGCUUCCACCCAAAAAGAAAAGAAUUCGCUUGGCUGAAAUUGAGCACUCCUCCGCCGAGUCAAGCUUUGAGUCAACACUUUCUAGAAGUCUCAGUCGGGAGAGUAGUUUAUCAUGCACCUCUAGUUUCUCAGCUUCUUUUGAUAAAGAUGAUACGUUUAAGAAUGAGAGUGCUUCCAAACCAGAACUUACUAACAAAUCCCAGGAAUUCCUUACAAUUCCUGCAAGUUCCAAUACACUUAGUGUGCCUAGCCCUCAUUACAGAGAAAUGCGACGGGCAGCUUCUGAACAAAUCAAUUGCACCCAGCCAUCCAUAGAGGUUGCUGAUUACAGAAGCAAGUCCUUUGAUUGUGGAAGAGUGGCGCCAUCUGGGCCUGCCUCACUUACGGAGACACCCACGUCCAAAUUAGCUUCAGGUAGUGGUGCUGCUGGACAUGUGCCUCUCUUGGAAAGGAGAAGAGGACCCCUUGUAAGGCAGAUAUCUUUAAAUAUUGCCCCAGAAAAGAACCAGCCUGACAUGGCAAAUAUGUCCUUUCAACCAGCUCCUGCAACAGAUAUCUCUACAGUGCCCUUUCCAAGGUUGCAAAGUUCUAGGAAGCCUUCUGAGGAAGUUCCUUCACGUUCACAGCACCCCCAAACUUAUGCCAAGCCUUUAAGAGACUCAGUGAAAAACAGCAACCCUCUUAACUUGCCUUCUAGUGAACAGUCUAUAGGCUCUAGUUUGAAUCGUCAUGGUCAGCAGACUUCACUCAGUCAGCCUUCCCAAACAUCCCUUAAAGGACCAGCCCUUGGAACUCAGAAAAGCAUCAACAUGGUUGCUGGUCAGCACAGUGUGCAAGAGGAUUGUUUUGCUCCCAAAUACCAGCUUCAGCUGAAAGCAUUGCACGUAGGACAGCAAUACCCUCUAGGUCUUCCAGGCACAGCUGGCACAGAACAGGCUGCAGCUUCAUUAGAAAUACAUCCUAAAGUAACUGAUAACGCCUCCAAGCCAUAUGUGGCACAGUCCUUGCAACAAGCUGUUCCAGAUAAUGGUGGUACUCCAGUGUAUCAGGUGGCACCCUUUAUUGUCCCUGUGCGCAUUCACAGUAAUAUCCCAUCUUACGGCUUAGCUACUGUUGCACCCCUUCCUCAAAUCUUAGUGACUCGGGAUCAGGCAAACCAGUCUCUUUGUCAAACAGAUCCUGCAUCUGUGCCAACAGUCAAAGGUCAAACUCAGCUGCCAAAAUCCCACAAAGAUCAUCUGCGUUGUUUGCCAAGUUUACAGCCAGCAUCUCUGUUUGAAAACUCAAUUUAUGACUCCACUUCACUGGGGUCCUUAAAUUUGAUUCAGAAAGUGCCAGUUGGUAGACUCAUCCCGCAACAGGAAGCCACAGCCUCAAGUAAGCGCAUGCUCUCCCCAGCUAAUAGUUUAGACAUUGCCAUGGAAAAACAGCAGAAGCGGGUUAAAGACGAAAGUGGAGCUGCUUGCACAACAGGUGCUAUGUCAUUGCAUCCACUGAUGAAUGUAAAAACCAGCGAAGCUAAUAAACAGAAGAAACCACUCUUAGUGCGGCAGAUCUGCACUAUGGAGCCCCUUGAAAGUUUCUCAUUAGAUCAAGAGGAAAAAAGCAGUGGAAUCAGCCAUUCACCAGAUGGUUUGCUGCAAGGUUCAGCUGAAUCUUCUUCUGGGGUUUCUUCAUUCAUAAAGGAACCUUUAGAACAUAACCUACCAGCUUCUGAAACUGUAGGCUUUGCUGCCAGAAACCCUCGUGAAACUGUUUUGUUGAAUACACCGACUUCAUUUCUAAAAGUUUUGGAUAACAGUCAAGAAAGGCUGUCCCCAGGAGUUAACAAUGAGAAUAAGCAACCCAGUAUCCACAGCCAAGCAAAAUCUGGAGCAGUUUUGACCAUCAUAAAUGCAGGUGAUAAGCAACAAUUACCUUUUCCAAGCUUGAAGACUGCAACAAAUUUCACAUGGUGUUGCCUGUUAAAAAGAAAGCCUGUACAUCUGUUACAAAAUGACCAGACGUCUUCUGUUUAUUCUUCUUGGCCUAUCAGUUCUGACAAUCCCAAUCCACUUGGUUUGUCAACAAAGGUUGCUCUUUCCCUCCUGAAUUCAAAGCAGAAAGCUGGAAAACCAUCUUAUACUCAAGCAAUAAGUACUAACUUUAGAUCUGACAUACUGGUCUACUCAAGCAAGUGGAAGAGCGACUUACUUAAGCGGGCAUUAAUUAAACAAAAGGCAGCAAGGGAAAUCAGCAAUAAAGAAAUAAGCACUGAUCAAGAGAACGAAAGUUCAGCCAAAAGUGAGCCAAGGAGGGUUAAAAUAUUUGAUGGAGGGUACAAGUCAAAUGAAGAAUAUGUAUAUGUCCGUGGGAGAGGAAGAGGAAAAUAUAUAUGUGAAGAGUGUGGAAUUCGCUGUAAAAAGCCCAGUAUGUUGAAGAAACAUAUUCGCACACACACUGAUGUCCGUCCUUAUCACUGCAACUAUUGCAAUUUUUCCUUCAAGACUAAAGGAAACUUGACAAAACAUAUGAAGUCCAAGGCGCAUAGCAAGAAAUGCAUGGAUCUGGGAGUCUCAGUGGGAUUAAUAGAGGAUCAGGAUAUAGAAGAAUAUGGUGAAAAGCAGCGGCUGGGUUAUGAUCGGUCUGGAUUUGAUGCAGACGAUUCCGAUGGGCCAGAUGAGGAUGAGAAUGACAACGAAGAUGAUGAUGAAGACAGCCAGGCUGAGUCUGUUAUCUCCGCCACUCCGUCCGUUUCAGCCAGCCCACAACAUCACCCAUCUAGAAAUGUUUCUCAGGAGAUCUCGAGUGCUGAUGAAGAAAUCAAAAUUGUGGAUUGUUAUGCUGGGGUUCACACAGACACUCUGGACGUCCUGCCAAAAGCACUUCUCACAAAGAUGACAGUACUUAGUUCAGUGCAGUCAGACUGCCGGAGUGCAGGGCCGCCCGUCGCAGUUAUUUGCAGAGAAGCAAAUGAAGGAAGCUUGCAAAACAGCUCAGCUGACACAGAACCUCCUGCCCCCUCCGAGACUGUUUCCCGGUCUCCAUGCCAUCAGAUGUAUGUGGACUACCCAGAUACAGAAGUAUUACGAAGUUCUGCUCCUACUGUUACUGCCACCGUAACUUCCAAGAGCACAACUUUGACAAGACUUCCCUCUCCUCCCUUGGACCGGAAUACCCAGACCACAAAAGUUUCUCCUUCAAUGACCUCUCUUUUCCCAGAGAGCCAAGAGCAGCGGCUAGAGGAACAUCCGCCUCAGGCCAUGAAAUUGGCACCUCCGCAGACUCACCUCUUCAGCCACCUCCCCUUGCACUCGCAGCAACAAACCAAGACCCCCUAUGGGAUGGUGCCGGUGGGGGGCAUCCACGUGGUCCCUGCCGGCUUGGCUGCAUACUCCACUUUUCUCCCCAUUCAGGCCCAGCCAGUGCAGCUCACAAUUCCCGCUGUCAGCGUGAUCCACAGAACUACAAGUGCCCUCGGCAGCCCUGCCUGUGCAGUUGCUGGCAGUGCAAGUCCCCUUGGUGUUGCCGAAGUGAACAGCGUUGUCCCUUGCAUCCCCAUUGGCCAGAUCAACGUUCCCAGGAUCCAGAGCCUGAGCGCGCCCACUUUGCAGUCCCUUCCGUCCCUCAGCAUGGAAACGGUGAACAUCCUGGGCCUGACCAGCACCAACGUCACUCCGCAGAUGCACCCUUCAGGAUUAACCCUAAAUGCCGUGGGACUACAAGUGCUGGCCGCAAACCCUUCCCCUCAGAGCAAUUCCAGCCCUCAGGCACACAUUCCAGGUCUGCAAAUUUUAAACAUCGCUCUGCCCACGUUGAUCCCUUCGGUCAGUCCCGUGACUGCAGAUGGGCAGGGCAUCGCAGAAACACCAGCUUCCAGUAACACGGCCUGUGAAACGUGUCCGGAUCAGGGCUUUGCGAAAUUGCCUGACAGCAAUUCCUCUCAGAUCCCCAGCGGUCUGUCUCCUCAGGUGGCGCUUGCCGACCAGCGGCGCAGCAUUGAACAUCUGUUGGAACCGGCGCUUUCGAGUGAGUACCGGCGGCAGGAUAGACCAGGUAAACUGGCCUCAGAAAAGUCUGACUCCGAGAGUCCUACGAAACCAAAGUGCAAUAUCAGUUCUGUUUGUGUCGAGCAGGCGUCUGCAUCAGAUCCUCCCACGAAGGGCAAUGCCGAUGCUUUACCGACUUCCCCCAGACGUCGGACUGUCUCUUUAGAUAGGCAAGUGCACAGGCAAAAGGAGGUGGCCGAGCGACAGAAUAUUGUGGAGUUCAGUGAUGGCAGCAGUGACGAUGAGGACAGACUUGUUAUAGCGACUUAAGGGUUUUUGGUUUUGCGUUGGGUUGUGCGUGCGUGUUCCGUUUUGUGUGUGUGUGUUUUUUAAGUAUCACUUAAAAGGUUUCUUUGUGAACCUUCCUUUUACUUAAAGCACAUUUUUUUCUGACACAAACUCAUUACUAAUCUUUGUGCAAUCAUGAACUCUUGACCAAUAAUUGUUGUUUCUUGUCAGCUCCAGCCAUUUUUUGUACAUGUUGUAUAGACAAUUGUGCCUUUUGGGGUGGGGGGGAGUUUUAUGUUUAGAAAACUGUACAGAUUGUCAAAAGUAUAUAUGUAUAUUAAAACCAAGUAGUUACUUGUGUUUCGUAAGUAAAACAGAAUUUAAAAAAAUCUUGCGUCAAAUGAAAUAAAUCAUUAAAUUAUAUGUUGCACUGUUAAAUGUAAUUUUUUUUAUGGCUGUGGGGCAAAGUUUGUGUGUACGGAUUAUGUACGGCUCCAUAUUUAUUGUAUGCAUAUUAGUCUUGAGGGAAAGGGUCUGUCCAUUUUUCUUGUGUAUGACAUCAGCUUUACACUUAAAAUUAAAUCCCGUUAUCUGUGUUAAUGAAUUAUUUCAGUAAAAUUUUUGUUUACUGACUUUA